AUUUAUGGAUUCUUUCAAAUCUCUCAAAUCAAAUACUGCUUUUCUAUUGUACUAUCAAAAUAAAGGGGAAAAUGAUGGUAGAAAAUUAAACCUCGGCAAAAAAAUAACUACUUGUAUUUAUCGAUUUCAGGCAAAACCUCAAAUUGAAUCUGCUUUGCACAGUGGAGACCAUACAAAUCUUGUCGAUUCUAAAUUAUUGCAAACGAAGUAUAACGAAAAAGAAAUGAAAAUAAUGAUUUCUUGUGCUGCGGCUUGUGUAUAUAAACCUUCAAGCUCUCGUCCAAAAAUGAAUCAGAUAGUUCGAGCUCUUGAAGGAUAUAUGUGUAUAGAAGAAAUAUGGAAUGAGAAGAAUGACAACAUAUUCCUGAAAGUGAUCUCCCCCAUCAGUGGAACUUCCUUGGCCUUCCCCACGGGAAUUGACUCUACUUUGUCAAAUGGAGCUCAGGGUCCAGAUCCUUCAUUCCGGGAUUCAACCCCAACCAAUGGAAGAGAUGACCCCCCGGAUUCAAGACUGCCCAAUGGUGGUGAACAGGUUCAGUCGAUUAGUACUGAGUCAGAGUCUGUUGAUGGGAAGGUAUCUAGAUCUCUUAAUGAUGGUGAGAAUGGUGUGACAUCAAGGGAUUCAACAUUAGUUGCCAGCAGUAAUGGUGUGACAUCAAGGGUUUCAACAUUAGUUGCCGGCAGUAAUGAAGUUGAGGCUGAGUGGAUUGAACAGUAUGAACCUGAUGUGUAUAUAACUCUAGUGGCCUUGCGUGAUGGAACUACAGAUCUUAAACGAGUGCGCUUUAGCCGGAGAAGAUUUACUGAGCAACAAGCAGAAACUUGGUGGUCUGAGAAUCGUGAAAAUGUGUAUGAAAAGUACAACAUUGUUGGAUCCAAGAGAGCCACGUCAUCCUCCUCCCAAUCUUAGCAACAAUGGGAGGAUGGGAAGUUCCUUUCUUAAUACAUUUUGCAACUUCGACAACUGGGUUUUUAAGGUUAAGCAAAAUGACGCUAAACCAACAUCUGUUUUUUUGUUUGAUGUUCUCACCCCUCCUUCCCUCCAUAAUUUAUUUUCUUUCUUCCAUUUAAUUUCUUGGAUAUCUGCCCUUUAGAAAUCUG